CGAUAAAAAUAUUUUACUUUAUCAAAUGGUAAACUAAAAUAUGCAAACAAAUAAAAGUUAUCAAAAUCAAAUACUGUAACAAUGAGAGUUAAUGCUCCCCUCUUGAAAAACAGCCACACAAAAAAAUGCACUAAAAUCCGCAGUAAAACCAGCCCAAAACUCAAUCAUGAAAAGACAAAUGAACUAUGAGCAAAUUGUAGGCGUAAAAAAGAAUGGUUCAAUUGUUCUUUUGCAAGGAAAUCCAAUGCCAGCUUCCUCCAUCAGUUGCGUCGACCUCAAUCUCAAUGUUGAAGACAACAAUUGAAACCUUUCUCGCAGUUUAGCAGUGAUUUCUCAGGCAACUGAGAGGAGUCUUCUGGAACUGCAUAUGGUGAUUGAAGCCAUAAAACUUGUCACUGCCGGAGUCAGUUCACUCCAAUUCAAGAACAGUCAAAUCUUCGGGACGUGUAUGAAUAGCUCUCAUGCCCUUCCCAUGCAAAGCAAAAGUUUAGUUUUAAAUCCGUUGGUUGUUCGAGCGUCAUCUAGGGCCAAUACUCGAACAGAGAAUGCCAAGAUUCGUAACAGAAGAUUUAGAAAAAAGUAUAAUGGCACGCCGACAAGACCGAGGCUUUCAGUGUUCUGUUCACAAAAACAGCUGUAUGCUAUGCUGGUAGAUGAUCAAAAUAAGAAAUGUUUGUUUCAUGGGAGCACUCUGCAAGAAUCAAUCCGUGGAGACCCCCCUUGCAGCACCAUUGAAGCAGCUAAACGUGUCGGUGAAGAGCUUGUGAAGACUUGUAUAGAUCUUAACAUCAAUGAGAUUUCGUCUUACGAUCGCAAUGGUUUCGCUCGGGGUGAAAGAAUGCAAGCUUUUGAGACCUUUGUUUCCCAGCAUGGUUUCUUGCCAUGAUUAAGGGGGUGUAUUGAAUUGGGA